GGGGGAGGGAGCUUUGGAUCACAGGGCUCUGGUUGCAGCAUCCCUGGAGCGGCUACUGUUAUCUGAAACACAAGGGCCAGGAUAGGGGAACAGAUCUAAAGAAGAGAUAGACAGGGAAUCCUCUGGAAUCAUCCAGGGGUCGGGUUUCUUUGUGUGGAGUGGAGCAGGAGGUGAGAAGAAGUGUUUUCCAUGUAAACACCCCCUCAGAAGGGAUAAGCGGAGGAGCGGUAGAGAGAGGAGGAAGGGUAGAGAGAGGAGGGGUAGAGAGAGGGGAAACGUUCCUUCUCCCUAGGAUAUUACCCCUCUAUCUGGCUACCUACUACGACUCCUUAAAAAAAAAAUUGCGGUAAUCCCAUCACAUCAAGGAAAGGUUCUGCCUGGAGAGUGUGUUCUGGUGUCCUCAAUGCAUUCCCAAUGCUUCAGCAGACCUCUGUCCAGAGAGAGCCAACCUGCGGCUGUUGUGACACACCUGAGAUACAGACAAGAGUCACAUUGAGACAACGACAGCAGUGGGACACAACAAGACAACUCUCCACAUUACUUUGUUGUUUCCUCUUAGCUGAAACCAUGGAUAUGACUACAGCCAAGACCACCGCUAGCUUUCUCUCCACUGUCUCCAGCACCUCCAUGACCCCCAUUCUCACUGUUACAACGGACAUCAGGAUGGAACAGGAGAAUGUCACAGAGUCCAGGACAAAACUCAUGACCACUAGCAUUACUAUAACAACAACCAACGAGACAAGCUUCAAUGCCACCAAGCUGCCAGAGUUGGAGCUUGAGGGCUCUGAGAUGGGCAUGGUGUUGGUGCCCUUUGGCAUCAUCACUGUAAUUGGCCUGACAUUGGUCGUGAUGCUGUAUAUCAGGAAACGGAAGAGACUGGAGAAGCUGAGGCACCAGCUGAUGCCCAUGUAUAACUUUGACCCGGCAGAGGAACAGGAUGACUUGGAACAGGAACUACUGGACCACAACCUCACAGGACCCAAUAACAAGACUCUCACGACCUCCCAGGGGACGACACAGAGGCCCACUCGCCUGGUCUUCACAGAUGUAGCCAACGGUCUCAAUGCAUAACUACACUCUUAAAUGCAUGAGAGGGGACUGGGGGGAGUGGGGAGGGGACUAGCUAUUCCGUCAUUGAGAUAUGUUGCUCAGGAAAAAAAGGAAAACUGGAAUGAAGGCCAUGGAAACAUACUGAUGUCUGGGGGAUGUUUUUCAGGCUGGGCUAUAAGGGAAUUCUGAUGUUUAAGUUGUAACGUAGCCAUAGUUUAACUGUGAGGUUCUCCCACAAUUGUCAUUAGUCCACAUCGUCUACAGUUCUUAAGUUGUCUCCAGUGACUAUGGUGGGAUAUAUGUGGAAAUUAGGUGAACUGUAUUGAACUAAGGAUUUUGUACUGGUUGUUAUUUGUUGCACAAAUACUUAAAGCGUAGUGCAUUGUUGGAUCACUCUCUUUCUCUGUAGUUAAGUGAUAUUGAUGGUAGAACUCCUACAUCCAACUUCAUUGAAAACUUUGUCUAGAAUGUAUUAAUUUCCACAUGUUCAUAUUUUGCUUCUAAAUGUAGACAACCACAUUUGAGAAGAGACUCCUCUAAAACGGUUAUGCAGAAAUGUUGACUUGUUACUGCUUCCAUUAUGGUGAUGGACUAGAGACCUGGAACAACAAGGGAAUGGACAUUAUACACAUUGGAGAACUAGAACACAACAUCAGGAGAUCUGGAGGACAAUGCCUGGGGUACUGUAACCCACCUAGUGUACAUUCCUGUACUGUACCCCUGUCCACAUGUCCAAAAUGUGUCUUUCAGCACUUCUGUCUCUAUGGCUCCCUUUGCCCUCAAAGUAUUAGUAUAUUUCCUCUAUAAGUAAUAAAAUAUUAGUAUGUUUCCUCUAUAAGUAA